AUGGCGAAGGCGGAUGAGAUUAAAAAGUUACUAGAAUUGGGUGAAAUCAAAUCGAGAAAAGGACAAAAUCAGGUAGGGACAUUAAGAAGGGCCGGUGAUACACGUUGGAGUUCCCAUUUUAAAUCUGUUUGUAGUUUGGUUAACAUGUUUGAUGUCACCCGUGCUGUUCUCAAGGGAAUAAUUGAAGACACCGUUCAUGCUACUAGUUCUCAACGUGGAGAUGCUAAUAUAGCUUACGGUUACUUGCAAUCAUUUGAGUUUGUGCUUGUUCUUCACUUGAUGAAAGAAGUAAUGGCAAAAACUGAUACGCUUUGUCAAGCAUUACAAAAGAAAUCCCAAGACAUCCUUAAUGCAAUGGAGUUAGUUUUUGCAACAAAGGCUAGUCUAACUAAUUUUAGAAACAGCGGAUGGGAUUCUUUAUUUGAAAAGGUUCGUUUUUUUUUUUGUGAAAGGCAUGACAUAGAUAUGCCUGAUAUGAGUGCUCCAUAUACUUCUACUCGGUAUCGGCCUCGUAAAAAAGAUCUUCAUGUUACAUUCGAACAUUAUUAUCGGGUAGAUUUGUUUACAGAGACAUUGGACAAACAACUACAUGAGCUGGAUAGUAGAUUCAAUAAGCAAGCGAUAGAGUUGUUAUCUCUUAGUGCGACUUUAUGUUCAAAAAAGAUUAAUAUUGAUCAGAUUGUUCUUCUUGUUGAGAAAUAUUAUCCUAAAGAUUUUACAGAGCAAGAGAGGGAGCAGUUACGUGGUCAGUUGGAUAAUUUUCAAGUUGAAAGGAUAAAUAAUCCUAAGCUAAGUGGGGUAUCAACUCUUUCUGAACUUUGCAAAACUAUUGUGGAAUGUCAGAAAAAUAACAUGUACAAAUUGGUUGAAAGAAUGAAGGAGAUAUGA